AUGUCUACCAGCCAAUUACCCAGUGGCUCACCACCACCAAACGCUACACUCUACAUCAACAAUCUCGAAGAAACGAUCAAGCCCGCUGCGCUGAUCGAAGCGCUCACCGAGCUCUUCUCCGAGUACGGCACCAUUAUUGAGAUUAUUGCCAAGACGAAUUUUAAAGCCAAGGGACAGGCCUUCAUCGUGUUUGAUCAUGUAGAUUCUGCGACUAAGGCUAUAGAGGAUAUUCAGGGCUUUGAGCUUUUUGGGAAGGAGAUGCGUUUGGCGUAUGCGAAGACGAGGAGUGAUGCUAGUGUGAAGAGGGAGGGGGGAGAGGAGGAUUUGGAGGUGCAUAAGAGGAGGAGGUUGGCGGAGAAGGACAAGAAAAAGGCCGCCGAGCUCGCCUCAAUCAACGCGCUCCAGAGAACCAGCGCCAGCGCCCCUCUCGCCAAUCCAGCCGAUCUCACCCAGCGACCCAUCAAAGCUACCCGAGGCGCCGGACUCAAAUCUUCCAAUCCAGCUGCGGCGGCCGUCGUACCCGAUGAGUAUUUGCCUCCGAAUAAGAUUCUCUUUGUGCAGAAUCUGCCUGAGGAAUAUGAUGUGGAGAUGUUGACGAGUAUUUUUGGUCGGUUUGAAGGCUUUAGAGAGGUGAGAUUGGUGCCUGGAAGAAGGGGUAUUGCGUUUGUGGAGUAUGAGACCGAGACGGGAAGUAUUGGGGCAAAGGAGAAUACGGCGGGUAUGGCGUUGGGUGAUGAGCAGAAGGUUAUCAAAGUCACUUAUCAGAGACAGUAA